UAUGUAGCCCACACUGGGUAAUUCUGCUGUGUUGUUAAACACACCCUACUGUAGCAUUAACCCGAUACAGGUUCCAACAUGACACACUGUGACACUAACACUAACAGUUACUGAUUUACUCAAUUUAUUGUGCAAGAAGGUAUGUAAGAAUAUGAAAGAACAUUACAUGAUAGUAUCAGACUGUUUCUUCCCCCCUCCCUUUCUGAAAUACAGGCUAAGCUUUAUAAAGCCUCUUUGCUCCAUUGCAACUGUCUCUGUAAUGCUAACUGCAUCAGUUAGCUAUGGGUCCUAUAAAACUAAUAUUAUUUUUAACCUGGAUAAGUGACAUCUAUACUUUCGGAAAUAUUGAGAAUAGGAAUGAUUAUAUUGAACGUGAUGCUGUUGUGAUAACCGCCUGUGACUUCAAUAACAACGAAUUACCCUUCUGUAAUUUUCGGCAAGAUGGUGCAGAUAACAGUGAUUGGAUUCGUCAUAAGGGUCCCACACCCACAUCUGGCACUGGACCCAGUGGGGACUAUCCUGAUGGCAAUGGCUAUUACAUAUACCAUGAAGCAGAUAAUGUCAGUAACGGACAGAAAGCACGCCUGCUCAGUCCUGUGUUGAGCUCCACACCAGCUCAGAUUUGUGUGCAGUUUCAGUACUACAUGUAUGGUGCAGAUGACAGCAACACUUUGACCGUGCUGGCCAAGCGACCUGGUGCAGAGGAAGUGCUAUGGCAAAAAGCUGGGAUGCAGAGUCCAUCAUGGCUCGGAGCAGCUGUUACUGUGUCCAAACCAGCUGAGCAGUCUGUUGAAAUUGUAUUUGAAGCAAUGCGUGGUUCCUCUUCAUCAUGUGAUACAGCUCUGGACAACAUUAAAAUCACAGAAGGCGCUUGUCCUGGUUGUAUAUCUCAGUGUGACUUUGAUGAAACGGAUAACCUCUGUGGAUGGACAACCGACGUUUCAAAUCCAGCAUUGUUUGGUUGGAGUUUUUGGAAUGGGCCCACUGACACACCUGGUACAGGUCCUGAUGAUGAUUUCUCCAAACCAGGCUACUACAACGGAAACCCCAACAACGAGUUUACGAAGCCAGACGGUUCCUUGGCUGGAAGCUCAGAUCAGUUCGGCAACAGCUGGCAAACUGACAAAGAUGAAGAUGAAACGUGCAAGCCUGAUCUCACACCUGACCCACCGUGUGACUCAAGUCUUGAGGUUGAGGUGUCUAAACCAGAGAAAUGUGGAAAAAUCACCAACACUGCCGGACCAUUCAGGGAUUGUAUAGAGCUAGUGGACCCUCUGCCAUACUUCCAGAGCUGUGUGUUUGAUAUGUGCCGCUAUGAUGGACUGCUGCAGACUCUGUGUGACCAGCUCCAGGCUUAUACUGAUGCCUGUCUCAGUGCAGGAGCUCCAGUGCACCAGUGGAGGGAGCCAGACUUCUGCCCUCUGGUUUGUCCGCCUAACAGCCACUACUCUAUGUGUGUGAGUUCAUGCCCAGAGACUUGUGUUGGUGUGAGCGGCCCACCUGGCUGUGGACAGAAGUGUGUUGAAGGCUGCAGGUGUGACCCUGGCUUUGUCCUGAGCCACAACAAGUGUGUUCCUCUCAAAGACUGUGGCUGUGUGGACCCUGCUGGCUCCUACCACCCUGUGAAUGAGAGUUGGUACCUGGAAGGCUGUGAACAUCAGUGUGUGUGUGUAAGUGGAAGAAGAACCAUUCUGUGCUACAACACCAGUUGUUUACCUACAGAGAGCUGCCAGCUGCUGGAGGGAGAGUACAUCUAUGAACCAACAACAAAACCCCCAACACCCGAGUCGUCAACCCCACACACCACACCUCAGCCCACAACUCCAAAACCAACUUCUCCUACAUCACCAACAACAACACCAGUGAAGUGUCCUCCUGAUGCUGAGUACAUAGAGUGUGGUCCAGCUUGCAUUCCCAGCUGUAAAGAACCCUCCACCAACUGCACUGGCUCCUGUAUCAGUGGCUGCUUCUGCAAGCCAGGUUUUGUGUUCCGGGGAAAAAGCUGUGUUCCCAUUGAAAAGUGUGGAUGUCUGGAUGAAGAUAAUAACUACUACGAGCCGGGAGAGAUUGUCUUUGGCAAUGGCUGCUCCAAGCUGUGUCGCUGUGCAGGCAAUUAUACCUUGAACUGUGUGGACAACACCUGUGACCCCACAGAAGAAUGUCGGCAAGUGGGAGGGAUCCAUGGCUGCUAUCCUAAAGACACCUCGACUUGUAUCGCCACAUCUGAUCCACACUACACCACCUUUGAUAAGCGGUACUAUGACUUCAUGGGCAACUGCACUUACUUAAUGUCAGAGCCAUGCAACAGCACAGACGUGCCUCACUUCGCUGUCUAUGCUGACAAUGAGAAUCGCUACAACAUUCCCACAGUCAGUUAUGUGAGUGCUGUCCAUGUCCAUGUUCAGGGAGUGAAGGUGUCCAUCCUGAAAGGAGGAGUUGUGCAGGUGAAUGGAACCAAAGUGAACAUACCAAUGAGCCCCGCUCCUGGUGUGGACAUCUUCAAACGGGGGACACUCUACACAGUGUCCAUGAACUUUGGUGUGACAGUUCGUUAUGAUGGAAACCACCAUAUGGACAUCAAAGUUAUCAAAGACUAUCAGGACAAGCUUUGUGGCCUGUGUGGAGACUAUAAUGGCAACAUUAAGGAUGACUUCCGUACCCCCACCGGCGAACUGGUCAACAGUCCAACUGAGUUUGGCAACAGCUGGAACACAGACCCUGACUGCAAUAAACCCCCAGUUCCCCCAAGCCCCGAAUGCACAGACACAGAAAAAGACCUUUAUGAGAGUCCUGCUUACUGUGGAAUCAUAUUGGACAGCAAAGGCCCGUUUGCUGUCUGUCACCCAAAAGUCAAUCCUAAUAGUUUCUUCCAAAACUGUGUGUUUGACCUGUGUGCAUUGGGUGGCCCUCACUCUGCAUUGUGUGAAGCGAUUGAAGCCUACGUAAACGAGUGUCAGGACCGCGGCGUCCUCAUCGGACCCUGGAGAAACAGUACCUUCUGCCCUCUUGCAUGCCCACCCAACAGCCACUACAGCUCCUGCAUGACUCCUUGCCAGCCCUCCUGUAACCCUCUUUCACCCAGUCACUGCACUGGACCCUGUACUGAGGGGUGUGUGUGUGACCCUGGAUAUUUACUCAGUGGGGACAAGUGUGUGAAGGCAGACACAUGUGGCUGCACACAUAAUGGACAGUAUUACCAGCCUGGGGACAAGUUCUACACCAAGGACUGCGAGCUGCUGUGCAGAUGUGAUCCUCCAUUCGUCACGUGCAGUGCUGCUGAAUGUCCUCCCAUGCAGCAGUGUGGUGUGCAGGGAGGAGAAAUAGGAUGCUACCCAGUUGACUCGCAGGACUGUGUUAUUUCUGGUGACCCACAUUACAACACCUUUGAUGGUAAAUUCUACACCUUCAUGGGUACCUGCACCUACACACUGGCCCGCACCUGCAGAAAUAACACUGGGCCCUGGUUCUCUGUGGAGGGAAAAAAUGAAGAGAGAGGAAUUGCUGGUGUAUCUUAUCUCAGGAAAUUGUAUGUGACUGUCAGCGGUAUCACUGUAACGAUGAUGAAGAGCAGAAACACUCUGGUGAACGGUCGUAAAGUAUCUCUACCCCACUCUCCCUCUCCGCUAAUCUCUUUAACUUCAGCUGGGCAGUAUGUUAUCCUCACCACUCCUUUUGGUCUGGAGGUGCGCUGGGAUGGCAACCACUACGCUAAGAUCACUGUGCCCAGUACUUACUAUGAUCACAUGUGUGGAUUGUGUGGAGACUACAACGGAAACCCCAACAACGAGUUUACGAAGCCAGACGGUUCCUUGGCUGGAAGCUCAGAUCAGUUCGGCAACAGCUGGCAAACUGACAAAGAUGAAGAUGAAACGUGCAAGCCUGAUCUCACACCUGACCCACCGUGUGACUCAAGUCUUGAGGUUGAGGUGUCUAAACCAGAGAAAUGUGGAAAAAUCACCAACACUGCCGGACCAUUCAGGGAUUGUAUAGAGCUAGUGGACCCUCUGCCAUACUUCCAGAGCUGUGUGUUUGAUAUGUGCCGCUAUGAUGGACUGCUGCAGACUCUGUGUGACCAGCUCCAGGCUUAUACUGAUGCCUGUCUCAGUGCAGGAGCUCCAGUGCACCAGUGGAGGGAGCCAGACUUCUGCCCUCUGGUUUGUCCGCCUAACAGCCACUACUCUAUGUGUGUGAGUUCAUGCCCAGAGACUUGUGUUGGUGUGAGCGGCCCACCUGGCUGUGGACAGAAGUGUGUUGAAGGCUGCAGGUGUGACCCUGGCUUUGUCCUGAGCCACAACAAGUGUGUUCCUCUCAAAGACUGUGGCUGUGUGGACCCUGCUGGCUCCUACCACCCUGUGAAUGAGAGUUGGUACCUGGAAGGCUGUGAACAUCAGUGUGUGUGUGUAAGUGGAAGAAGAACCAUUCUGUGCUACAACACCAGUUGUUUACCUACAGAGAGCUGCCAGCUGCUGGAGGGAGAGUACAUCUGUAAACCCAAUGAUGAACCAACAACAAAACCCCCAACACCCGAGUCGUCAACCCCACAGACACCCACACCUCAGACCGCAACAACACAACCAACUUCUCCUACAACACCAACAACACCACCAAUGAAGUGUCCUCCUGAUGCUGAGCACAUAGAGUGUGGUCCAGCUUGCAUUCCCAGCUGUAAAGAACCCUCCACCAACUGCACUGGCUCCUGUAUCAGUGGCUGCUUCUGCAAGCCAGGUUUUGUGUUCCGGGGAAAAAGCUGUGUUCCCAUUGAAAAGUGUGGAUGUCUGGAUGAAGAUAAUAACUACUACGAGCCGGGAGAGAUUGUCUUUGGCAAUGGCUGCUCCAAGCUGUGUCGCUGUGCAGGCAAUUAUACCUUGAACUGUGUGGACAACACCUGUGACCCCACAGAAGAAUGUCGGCAAGUGGGAGGGAUCCAUGGCUGCUAUCCUAAAGACACCUCGACUUGUAUCGCCACAUCUGAUCCACACUACACCACCUUUGAUAAGCGGUACUAUGACUUCAUGGGCAACUGCACUUACUUAAUGUCAGAGCCAUGCAACAGCACAGACGUGCCUCACUUCGCUGUCUAUGCUGACAAUGAGAAUCGCUACAACAUUCCCACAGUCAGUUAUGUGAGUGCUGUCCAUGUCCAUGUUCAGGGAGUGAAGGUGUCCAUCCUGAAAGGAGGAGUUGUGCAGGUGAAUGGAACCAAAGUGAACAUACCAAUGAGCCCCGCUCCUGGUGUGGACAUCUUCAAACGGGGGACACUCUACACAGUGUCCAUGAAUUUUGGUGUGACAGUUCGUUAUGAUGGAAACCACCAUAUGGACAUCAAAGUUAUCAAAGACUAUCAGGACAAGCUUUGUGGCCUGUGUGGAGACUAUAAUGGCAACAUUAAGGAUGACUUCCGUACCCCCACCGGCGAACUGGUCAACAGUCCAACUGAGUUUGGCAACAGCUGGAACACAGACCCUGACUGCAAUAAACCCCCAGUUCCCCCAAGCCCCGAAUGCACAGACACAGAAAAAGACCUUUAUGAGAGUCCUGCUUACUGUGGAAUCAUAUUGGACAGCAAAGGCCCGUUUGCUGUCUGUCACCCAAAAGUCAAUCCUAAUAGUUUCUUCCAAAACUGUGUGUUUGACCUGUGUGCAUUGGGUGGCCCUCACUCUGCAUUGUGUGAAGCGAUUGAAGCCUACGUAAACGAGUGUCAGGACCGCGGCGUCCUCAUCGGACCCUGGAGAAACAGUACCUUCUGCCCUCUUGCAUGCCCACCCAACAGCCACUACAGCUCCUGCAUGACUCCUUGCCAGCCCUCCUGUAACCCUCUUUCACCCAGUCACUGCACUGGACCCUGUACUGAGGGGUGUGUGUGUGACCCUGGAUAUUUACUCAGUGGGGACAAGUGUGUGAAGGCAGACACAUGUGGCUGCACACAUAAUGGACAGUAUUACCAGCCUGGGGACAAGUUCUACACCAAGGACUGCGAGCUGCUGUGCAGAUGUGAUCCUCCAUUCGUCACGUGCAGUGCUGCUGAAUGUCCUCCCAUGCAGCAGUGUGGUGUGCAGGGAGGAGAAAUAGGAUGCUACCCAGUUGACUCGCAGGACUGUGUUAUUUCUGGUGACCCACAUUACAACACCUUUGAUGGUAAAUUCUACACCUUCAUGGGUACCUGCACCUACACACUGGCCCGCACCUGCAGAAAUAACACUGGGCCCUGGUUCUCUGUGGAGGGAAAAAAUGAAGAGAGAGGAAUUGCUGGUGUAUCUUAUCUCAGGAAAUUGUAUGUGACUGUCAGCGGUAUCACUGUAACAAUGAUGAAGAGCAGAAACACUCUGGUGAACGGUCGUAAAGUAUCUCUACCCCACUCUCCCUCUCCGCUAAUCUCUUUAACUUCAGCUGGGCAGUAUGUUAUCCUCACCACUCCUUUUGGUCUGGAGGUGCGCUGGGAUGGCAACCACUACGCUAAGAUCACUGUGCCCAGUACUUACUAUGAUCACAUGUGUGGAUUGUGUGGAGACUACAACGGAAACCCCAACAACGAGUUUACGAAGCCAGACGGUUCCUUGGCUGGAAGCUCAGAUCAGUUCGGCAACAGCUGGCAAACUGACAAAGAUGAAGAUGAAACGUGCAAGCCUGAUCUCACACCUGACCCACCGUGUGACUCAAGUCUUGAGGUUGAGGUGUCUAAACCAGAGAAAUGUGGAAAAAUCACCAACACUGCCGGACCAUUCAGGGAUUGUAUAGAGCUAGUGGACCCUCUGCCAUACUUCCAGAGCUGUGUGUUUGAUAUGUGCCGCUAUGAUGGACUGCUGCAGACUCUGUGUGACCAGCUCCAGGCUUAUACUGAUGCCUGUCUCAGUGCAGGAGCUCCAGUGCACCAGUGGAGGGAGCCAGACUUCUGCCCUCUGGUUUGUCCGCCUAACAGCCACUACUCUAUGUGUGUGAGUUCAUGCCCAGAGACUUGUGUUGGUGUGAGCGGCCCACCUGGCUGUGGACAGAAGUGUGUUGAAGGCUGCAGGUGUGACCCUGGCUUUGUCCUGAGCCACAACAAGUGUGUUCCUCUCAAAGACUGUGGUUGUGUGGACCCUGCUGGCUCCUACCACCCUGUGAAUGAGAGUUGGUACCUGGAAGGCUGUGAACAUCAGUGUGUGUGUGUAAGUGGAAGAAGAACCAUUCUGUGCUACAACACCAGUUGUUUACCUACAGAGAGCUGCCAGCUGCUGGAGGGAGAGUACAUCUGUAAACCCAAUGAUGAACCAACAACAAAACCCCCAACACCCGAGUCGUCAACCCCACAGACACCCACACCUCAGACCGCAACAACACAACCAACUUCUCCUACAACACCAACAACACCACCAAUGAAGUGUCCUCCUGAUGCUGAGUACAUAGAGUGUGGUCCAGCUUGCAUUCCCAGCUGUAAAGAACCCUCCACCAACUGCACUGGCUCCUGUAUCAGUGGCUGCUUCUGCAAGCCAGGUUUUGUGUUCCGGGGAAAAAGCUGUGUUCCCAUUGAAAAGUGUGGAUGUCUGGAUGAAGAUAAUAACUACUACGAGCCGGGAGAGAUUGUCUUUGGCAAUGGCUGCUCCAAGCUGUGUCGCUGUGCAGGCAAUUAUACCUUGAACUGUGUGGACAACACCUGUGACCCCACAGAAGAAUGUCGGCAAGUGGGAGGGAUCCAUGGCUGCUAUCCUAAAGACACCUCGACUUGUAUCGCCACAUCUGAUCCACACUACACCACCUUUGAUAAGCGGUACUAUGACUUCAUGGGCGACUGCACUUACUUAAUGUCAGAGCCAUGCAACAGCACAGACGUGCCUCACUUCGCUGUCUAUGCUGACAAUGAGAAUCGCUACAACAUUCCCACAGUCAGUUAUGUGAGUGCUGUCCAUGUCCAUGUUCAGGGAGUGAAGGUGUCCAUCCUGAAAGGAGGAGUUGUGCAGGUGAAUGGAACCAAAGUGAACAUACCAAUGAGCCCCGCUCCUGGUGUGGACAUCUUCAAACGGGGGACACUCUACACAGUGUCCAUGAACUUUGGUGUGACAGUUCGUUAUGAUGGAAACCACCAUAUGGACAUCAAAGUUAUCAAAGACUAUCAGGACAAGCUUUGUGGCCUGUGUGGAGACUAUAAUGGCAACAUUAAGGAUGACUUCCGUACCCCCACCGGCGAACUGGUCAACAGUCCAACUGAGUUUGGCAACAGCUGGAACACAGACCCUGACUGCAAUAAACCCCCAGUUCCCCCAAGCCCCGAAUGCACAGACACAGAAAAAGACCUUUAUGAGAGUCCUGCUUACUGUGGAAUCAUAUUGGACAGCAAAGGCCCGUUUGCUGUCUGUCACCCAAAAGUCAAUCCUAAUAGUUUCUUCCAAAACUGUGUGUUUGACCUGUGUGCAUUGGGUGGCCCUCACUCUGCAUUGUGUGAAGCGAUUGAAGCCUACGUAAACGAGUGUCAGGACCGCGGCGUCCUCAUCGGACCCUGGAGAAACAGUACCUUCUGCCCUCUUGCAUGCCCACCCAACAGCCACUACAGCUCCUGCAUGACUCCUUGCCAGCCCUCCUGUAACCCUCUUUCACCCAGUCACUGCACUGGACCCUGUACUGAGGGGUGUGUGUGUGACCCUGGAUAUUUACUCAGUGGGGACAAGUGUGUGAAGGCAGACACAUGUGGCUGCACACAUAAUGGACAGUAUUACCAGCCUGGGGACAAGUUCUACACCAAGGACUGCGAGCUGCUGUGCAGAUGUGAUCCUCCAUUCGUCACGUGCAGUGCUGCUGAAUGUCCUCCCAUGCAGCAGUGUGGUGUGCAGGGAGGAGAAAUAGGAUGCUACCCAGUUGACUCGCAGGACUGUGUUAUUUCUGGUGACCCACAUUACAACACCUUUGAUAGUAAAUUCUACACCUUCAUGGGUACCUGCACCUACACACUGGCCCGCACCUGCAGAAAUAACACUGGCCCCUGGUUCUCUGUGGAGGGAAAGAAUGAAGAAAGAGGAAUAUCUGGUGUGUCAUACCUCAGGAAGUUGUAUGUGACUGUCAGUGGCAUCACUGUGACGAUGAUGAAGAGCAGAAACACUCUGGUGAACGGUCGUAAAGUAUCUCUACCCCACUCUCCCUCUCCUCUAAUCUCUUUAACUUCAGCUGGGCAGUAUGUUAUCCUCACCACUCCUUUUGGUCUGGAGGUGCGCUGGGAUGGCAACCACUAUGCUAAGAUCACUGUGCCCAGUACUUACUAUGAUCAGAUGUGUGGAUUGUGUGGAGACUACAACGGAAACCCCAACAACGAGUUUACGAAGCCAGACGGUUUCUUGGCUGGAAGCUCAGAUCAGUUCGGCAACAGCUGGCAAACUGACAAAGAUGAAGAUGAAACGUGCAACUCUGAUCUCACACCUGACCCACCGUGUCAACCAAGUCUUGAGGCUGAAGUGUCUAAACCAGAGAAAUGUGGGAAAAUCAAUGACACCAGAGGACCAUUCAGUGAUUGUAUAGAGCUAGUGGACCCUCUGCCGUACUUCCAGAGCUGUGUGUUUGAUAUGUGCCGCUAUAAUGGACUGCUGCAGACUCUGUGUGACCAGCUCCAGGCUUAUACUGAUGCCUGUCUCAGUGCAGGAGCUCCAGUGCACCAGUGGAGGGAGCCAGACUUCUGCCCUCUGGUUUGUCCGCCUAACAGCCACUACUCUAUGUGUGUGAGUUCAUGCCCAGAGACUUGUGUUGGUGUGAGCGGCCCACCUGGCUGUGGACAGAAGUGUGUUGAAGGCUGCAGGUGUGACCCUGGCUUUGUCCUGAGCCACAACAAGUGUGUUCCUCUCAAAGACUGUGGCUGUGUGGACCCUGCUGGCUCCUACCACCCUGUGAAUGAGAGCUGGUACCUGGAAGGCUGUGAACAACAGUGUGUGUGUCUAAGUGGAAAAAUCAUCCACUGCUCCAAAACAAGUUGUCUACCUACAGAGACCUGCCAGCUGCUAGAUGGAGAGUACAUCUGUAAACCAAAAGAGCCUACAGGUCCAGCAGUCUGCUCUGUGUCUGGGGACCCUCACUACACGUCCUUUGAUAAGAAGGUCCAUCAUUUCAUGGGCUCCUGCUCCUAUACCCUCACCAAGCCCUGCAAUGAAACAUCAGGGAUGCCAUACUUCACUGUUGACAGUCAGAACGAACAUAGGAGCAAUAACAAGAAAGUGUCCUAUGUGAAAUCAGUCAUCAUCAAUGUGUAUGGAAGUAAGAUUAUCCUGGACAAAGGCCGCAAAGUCCAGGUAAAUGGAGUUCAGGUGACAGUGCCCAUCAGUCUGACAAAUGAUGUAAAGAUCUUCCUCAGUGGAAAGUUUGUAGUGCUGGAGACAAACUUUGGCCUGCGUGUUCGCUUUGAUGGCAAUCACCACGCCGAUGUCAGUCUUCCCUCCUCUUACAAAGGCUUGUUGUGUGGAAUGUGUGGAAAUUACAACGAUAACCCAGUGGAUGACAACAUUAUGUCAGAUGGCAAGCCUACAAGCAACACCAACGAGCUUGGAGUGAGCUGGAAGGUGCCUGAUGAUAGACCAGACUGUACUCCUGAAGGUGGAGAUAUUGAAUGUAAUAAAGAUAUUGAGAGUGAAGCUAAGAAACCAACCAGUUGUGGAAUGAUCACUGAUCCUGAUGGAAUCUUCAAAGCUUGCCAUAAUGUUGUGCAGCCUAACCCAUACUUUGAGAACUGCGUGUUUGACCAGUGUGGCACAGGUGGCUCUCCAGUGUCCCUCUGCCAGGCUAUUGAGAGCUAUGCUGACUUGUGUGCCCAAGCUGGGGUGCCAAUUAACUGGAGAAACAACACUUUCUGUCCCCUGAAAUGUGCUGUUGGCAGUCACUAUGAGUACUGUGCUACUGCAUGCCCCCCCAGCUGUCAGGAUCCUGGCUCAGCCAGCACAUGCCCACAGCCAUGUGUAGAAGGAUGUGUUUGCGACAAAGGACUGAUAUUGAGCGGAGACAAAUGUGUGCCCUUCAGUCAGUGUGGCUGUACGGAUAAGAACAGCAACUACAGACCUGUGGGCGAAAGCUGGUUUACUAAAGAUGACUGCUCUGAACGCUGCAUGUGUUAUCCUUUAAACAAUGUGACGUGUGAAGCAUGGAACUGUAGCCCUGCACAGGAGUGUAAAGUUCAGGAAGGCCAGCUGGGCUGUGUGGAUACAGGAGUGGGCAUUUGCCACAUAGCUGGUGAUCCUCAUUACUACACCUUUGAUGGUAUCAUGCACACCUACAUGGGCACGUGUACCUACACUUUGGUGGAAGUGUGCAACAACUCCAUGGUGACUCCAUUUACCAUUGUUGCCAAGAAUGAAGAGCGUGGCCAGCCUGAAGCCUCCUACAUUCGAUCUGUCACUAUCUACCUUCCAGGAGCCAAUGUCACACUGAGCAAGAGCAAGAAAGUACUGCUCGAUGGCCAAAGGAUCCGUACCCCCAUGGACAUUGCUAUAGCCAACGCGAGGGUGUUCACCAGUGGAGUGAACAGCGUGCUGUCCACUGAAUUUGGCCUCAUUGUCCAGUUUGAUGGUGUUCACCAUGUAGAGAUCACUGUACCUGGAGACUACUUCAACAAGGUGUGUGGUAUGUGUGGUAACUACAAUGGUAAUUCAGGUGAUGACAACUUGAUGCCAAAUGGCCAGCCUGCUAAAGAUGUCAUAGAGUUGGGUAACAGCUGGAAGGCAGAGGGAGACAGUGAUCCAGGAUGCCAGCCAGACACACGUCCAGAUGUCCACCCGAACUGCACAGCCAAGGAAGAGGAGGCCAUCAGGGAUCAGUGUGAGAGCAUCAUCUUGUCAAACCAGUUCAAGCCCUGCCAUUCACUCAUCCCUCCAGAACCCUUCCUGGGGAACUGCAUCUAUGACAUGUGCGAGUAUAAUGGCAUGGAGUCCACACUGUGUAACAACGUGGAAGCCUAUGCCCAGGCCUGCCAGAGUGCUGGUGUCACCAUCAGCUGGAGAAACACUACCUUCUGCCCUCUUCCGUGCCCCCCAAACAGCCACUACUCAGACUGCACACCUCCAUGCCCUCCCACCUGUGCAGACCUUUUCCCCAUUUUCUGCCCCAUGCCACCAAAUAGCUGUGUGGAGGGCUGCCAGUGUGACGCAGGCUUUGUGCUGAGUGACGGCAAGUGUGUAUCGCUUUCCAACUGUGGAUGUGUGGACGAAAAAGGAGAAUACCAUGACGUUGGGGAUUCUUGGGUGACAGAACACUGUGCCCAGAAGUGCACAUGCAGUCAGGGAGGGUUACUGAGCUGCAAGGCCUUUCAGUGCACCUCCAGCUCUAUUUGUGCCCUGAACAAUGGUGGCGAGCGCUACUGCAAACCUGAGCGUUUUGACAAGUGCAUCAUUUCUGGAGAUCCGCACUACCGCACCUUUGAUAAUUUAAAUCAUCACUACCAGGGCCCGUAUACGUACGUGCUAACAAAGGACCAUGAGCUACCCAGCUUCCUCACACCCCUUACCGUGAUGGGUAAGAACGCCCGCAGAGGUGGCAGCAGCCGUGUCUCCUACCUGCACGAGGUUUAUGUGGAUGUGUACGGUGUCAACGUACGCAUGCUCCAGAAGAAGAUGCUGCUGGUUAAUGGUGAGCGUGUGUCCCCUCCAUUGAGUCCUAACCAGGGUAUCAAGAUCACCUUGAACUCCCGCUACCUACAGCUCACAACUGACUUUGGCCUUAGCGUGCGCUUUGACGGCAACAUGCAAGGAGAGGUGAUUUUGCCAAGCACUUACAAGACAUAUGUGCGUGGUCUUUGUGGAAACUAUGACGGUCGCACUAAUAAUGAGUAUGUGAAGCCUGACGGCAGCCUCACCCGCAACCUCAACGAGUUUGGAGAUAGCUGGGGAGUGAGUGACAAGCAAGGAGAGGUCCACACCUCAGACCUGCCCAGGCUCACCCAUAUGCACAAGAGAGAGGUGGAAGGAGAUUUGGACUCAGGCUUUGAGACACUCGGAUGCACUGAAGCUGAGCUGGAGGAGCUGUACGGGAAGAAUCAGUGUGGAGCAUUGAGUGACCCUGCAGGGCCCUUUGCUCCCUGCCAAACCAUCGUUGUGCCUGAUCAGUUCCUGGAGGACUGUGUGUUUGACUUGUGUGCAGAGCAGAGAAAUUCCACACUGCGCUGUGAAACCUAUGCUGUUUAUGCCCUGGCUUGCCAGGAACGGGGAAUUACAUUAGGUCCUUGGAGAACACAGCUGGAUUGUGGUCUGACAUGUGGUGCCAACAGUACCUACACAACCUGCAUGACUGCAUGUCCAGCAUCAUGUGCAGACUUGGCAGCACCCUCGGAGUGUGAGCAAACUUCAUGCUUAGAGGGAUGUCAGUGUAAUCCUGGCUUUACCAUGAGUGACAAUGAGUGUGUUCCUUACAAUGAGUGUGGAUGCACCUAUUUGGGCCGCUACUACACUCUGAAGGAGACAUUUGUGACUGAGGACUGUGCUCAGAGCUGUGAAUGUACACCCACUGGUGCUGUUUGUCAGCCCAAAGGCUGCACAGAAAAACAAGUCUGUACCAUCUCGGGCACCGUACGUAAUUGCUACAACUUGAACCCAUGCACAAGCUCACCAUGCUUGAACGGUGGCACUUGUGUCGAUGGCGUGGACUUCAGCUACACCUGCGUAUGUCCUGAAGGCUAUAAGGGGAGCAAUUGUGAGGAUAAAACAGUCCUAGAUCAGACAAGCAUUAUUCUGAUUGGAGUCUUGGUACCACUUGCCCUCAUCAUCAUCAUCACAACAAUUGUGUGCGUCUGCAAGAAACUACACAGAAAAAACAAUUAUGAUACCAGUAGCAAUAACAGUCUACCACUGGGAAAUAAAGAUCUUCCCUAUGAAAAUCUGGAUAACAGCAGGAAAAGUGUGGACAGCACAGUGUUAAAGUCUUCCAAUUUCUGAAUCAGCCAUACUUUCCAAUUUAGAUAUGAUUUCAUUUUGUAUUUAUUGAAAUGUGAGUGUUUCAGGAAUUAACACGUGAAUAAGAACUACUUGAUUACAUUUGCCAAUUGUGAAUUUGUUUUGUAAUCAUCUUUCAUAACUUAUUUGUAAACCUUAUUGUAAUUGUUGGUACAAGGUGCAAUAAUCUACUGACUUAAAUGAAGCAAUACGUUUUUUUUUUUUUU